AUGGCCGCCGAUAUUCCCACCCUUUCGAAGCUGCUCGAGGCUAGUCUGGAUCCGCGUCAGAACAAGCAAGCCGAGAAAGCAAUCACCGAAGAGCAGACCAAGCCCAACUUUUCCCUCUCCCUCCUCCACAUCGUCGCCAGCGACUCCUUCCCCGCCACGAUUCGCCUGUCGAGCGCCCUGUACUUCAAGAACUUUGUGAAACGCAACUGGGUCGACGAGGAUGGCAACUACAAGCUGCCCCAAGACGAGGUCGUCGCCAUCAAGCGCGAGCUGAUCGGCUUGAUGGUCUCUGUCCCUGCGAAUCUUCAGGCACAACUCGGCGAAGCAAUCAGCGCCAUCGCCGACAGCGACUUCUGGGAACGCUGGGACACGCUGGUCGACGAUUUGAUCUCCCGUCUGACUCCUGAUAAUUCCACAGUGAACAACGGUGUCCUGCGGGUAGCACAUUCCAUCUUCAAAAGAUGGCGGCCGCUGUUCCGAUCCGACGAGCUCUUCACUGAGAUCAAUCACGUCUUGACCAAGUUCAGCGCGCCGUUCCUGACACUACUCCAGAACACGGAUGCUCUCAUCACCAGUUCUCAAGGCAAUCCUCAGGUGCUGAAAGAGGCCUUCACCACGCUCGAUCUGCUGAUAAAGCUCUUCUACGAUUUGUCAUGUCAAGAUCUGCCUCCCGACUUCGAGGAUCACAUUGGCGCCAUCUCAGGCCUGCUCCACAAAUACCUUGUCUACGACAAUCCCUCGCUACACACCGACGACGAAACCGAGUCAGGGCCCCUAGAGUACGUCAGGGCUGGCAUCUUCGAAGGGCUGAUGCUGUAUAUUCAAAAGUAUGAGGACGUCUUUGGGGCACAACUUCCACAGUUCAUCGAGAGCACCUGGGGUUUCCUCAUGUCAGUUGGCCUGGAGACAAAGUAUGACAUUUUGGUCAGCAAAGCGCUCCAGUUCCUCACCGCUGUCGCGUCCACAUCGCAUGCCGAGUCCUUCAACAAUCAAGACGUACUGGUUCAGAUCAUCGAGAAGGUCAUUCUGCCGAACCUGACAUUGCGCGAGUCUGAUGUGGAGUUGUUCGAGGACGAGCCGAUCGAAUUCAUCCGGAGAGAUUUGGAGGGAUCUGACAACGAUACACGCCGACGAGCCGCCACCAACUUCCUCCGCCAGCUGAUGUCUCGCUUCGAAUCGUUAGUGACACGUACUUCGCAGAACUACAUUGAAAUCUACCUUCAAGACUAUGCCAAGGACACCAAGAAGAACUGGAAAUCAAAAGACACCGCUGUAUACCUCUUCACUGCGAUUGCUGCAAAAGGAACCGCGACUGCUGCGCAGGGUGUUUUGAGUGUAAACGAGAACGUCGAUAUUCUGGACUUCUUUCAAAAGCACAUCGCUGCCGAUCUCCAGGCGCAUGAUGCGGAAUUGAUCUUGAAGGUUGACGCCAUCAAGUAUCUCUACGUUUUCCGCAGCCAACUAUCGCCCGAUCUCUGGCGGGCCGCGUUCCCACUCCUCGUGAACCACCUGGGCAACGAUAACUAUGUCAUUCACACCUACGCUGCGAUUGCCGUUGAGCGUGUCUUGUUCAUGACAGACAGCAACCGCCAACCCAUCAUUCCCAAAUCGGAUGUUGUAGGCGCGUCGAGAGAUCUUCUGACGCAUCUGUUCAAACUCAUCACCAAGGACUCUGCCCCUGAGAAGAUCCAAGAGAACGAAUUUUUGAUGAAAUGCAUCAUGCGUGUGCUUAUCUUCAUUCGAGAUGGUUCUCUCCCCAUCGCCGAGACCGUGCUGAACAACUUCGUCGCGAUUAUCAAAGUCAUUAGGCACAAUCCCAGCAACCCUCGGUUCCAGUACUAUCUCUUCGAGGGACUAGGAGCGCUCAUCCGCUUCGGUGCUCCAAACUACCCCCAAGUCUUCGAGACGAAGCUCUAUGAACCCUUCGCGACAUGUUUGUCAGAAGGAAUAGAUGAAUUUUCUCCAUACAUCUUCCAGCUCUUCUCAGCGCUCUUGGAGGCCAACCCGUCUGGUGACUUGACGCAAUACAGGGAUCUGUUGGGAGUCAUUAUUCAAGGCUCAGUGUGGGAGCAGCGAGGCAACGUACCAGCAUUGUCUCGUCUGCUCAGCGCGAUGAUUGCUCGCGACGCUUCGCACAUCGUUGCUAGUAAACAACUCGAGCCUGUCCUGGGUAUUUUCCAGAAGCUGGUUGCGACUAAGGCGCAUGAAGGAUACGCAUUUGAGCUCAUCGAAGCGGUCGUUACCUACACUCCGAUCGAAGCGUUGCAACCAUACUUUGUCACAAUCCUUCAAUUGAUGCUGCAAAGGCUGUCAAGCAUGAAGACUGAAAACUUCCAGCAGCGUUUUAUCGCAUUCUACCACUUCGUAUCUGCGCGACAAGACAAGGGGCUAGGUGCAGAUUUCUUCAUCAACGUUACUGACCAGAUCCAGCGCGACGUCUUCAAGCCCAUCUACCUCACAGUCAUUCUCCCCGAAACCCAGAAACUCGCGCGACCCACCGAUCGCAAGACUGCCGUCGUUUCGUUCACAAAGACGCUCGCUGAUUCACAAGCCUUUGUUGAUCGAUAUCCUAAGGGUUGGGCACUCACUGCGCAGCGUCUACUUGAGCUCAUGAUCAACCCACCUGUGCCUGCCGCCGCCGACGACAUCAUUCCGGAUGCCGACGUCGACGAGCUUGGCUUUGGUGUUGGAUUCACCCAGCUCAACACAUGCAAGAAGGCACCUCGUGAUCCGUUCCCUGAGAUCACGGACGUGAAGGAAUGGAUCAAGCACUACCUGCGAGACGCAAACAGCCGUCACAACGGAAGAAUUGUGCAAAUCGUGCAACAGAGGCUGGAUCAGCAACUGCAGCACGCAUUGGCCGAGUAUCUAUGA